AUGAAAUUAUUCACAUCAUUCGCUGCCUUAGGUUUAUUGGUAUCUAGCGCUGCUGCUACCUACUACGGAAACACCACUACUGUUGCUAUCACUACUACUGAUUUCGUAACAACAUGUCCAUAUCCAACUACAUUCACAGUAAGUACUUGUACUAACCAUGUCUGUUCCCCAUCUAUUGUAACUGUCACUAGUGCCACUACCUUAACCAUCACUGGUGAAGUUAUCUGCCCUACUGGAGUUGUCUCAUCUGAAUUCCCAUCUGAAUUCCCAUCUGAAUUCCCAUCUAGUGUUGAAUCUAGUGAAGAAGAAGAAACUCCAUCUGGUUCUGAAGGUUCUGUUAUCACUACACAAGUUACUGUCACUGACUACACUACCUACUGUCCAUAUCCAACCACCAUCACCGUCACUACUUGUGAGAACCAUAAAUGCGGAGAAACUGUUAUUCCAGUUGAAACUGCUACUACAAUUACUGUUACUGGUGAAGUUCUUUGUCCAACCACCACCACUGCUGGUCCAACUACUACCACCACUGAAGCUGAAAGUUCUGGUGAAGUUGAAACCACUAGUAAGGUUGUAACUACCUAUUACACCACUACUGACUACACUACUUAUUGUCCAUAUCCAACUACUUUGACUGUUUCUACUUGUGAUGAAAAAGAAUGUCACCCAACCACCAUUGAAGUUACUACUCCAACUACUAUCACCGUCACCGGUACCGUUGUUUGUCCAACUACUGAAUCCACUGUUGUCACCACCACCAAGGCUACUGAGACUACUUCAACUGUUGAAACUACCAGCAAAGUUGUUACCACUCACUACACUACAACUGACUACACUACUUACUGUCCAUCCCCAACCACUUUGACUGUUUCUACCUGUGACGAAAAAGAAUGUCACCCAACCACUAUUGAAGUUACUACUCCAACCACUGUUAGUGUUCCAGGUACUGUUAUUUGUCCAACUACUGAAUCUACUGUUAUUACCACUACUAAAUCAGCUGAAACCACUUCUAAGGUUACCACUGUUGAAACUAGUUCAGUUGUUACUACUCAUUACACCACCACUGAUUACACUACUUACUGUCCAUCUUCUACCACAAUUAUUAUUUCUACUUGUUCUGAAGAUAAAUGUCACCCAACCACUAUUGAAGUUACCACCCCAACUACAAUUAGUGUCCCAGGUACUGUUGUUUGUCCAACUACUGAAUCCACUGUUAUUACUACCACUAAACCGGUUGAAACUCCAACUGUUUCUUCUGCUAGUACAGUCAUCACCACUCAACAAACUGUUACUGGAUACACCACUUAUUGUCCAGAAUCAACUACAUUGGUUUUGACUACUUGUGAAGCUGAUUCAUGUGCUCCACAUACUGUUUCCGCAACUGCUGGUGAAACCGUUAGUGUUACUGGUCCAGUUAUUCAAGAAUCCACUCAAACCACUGCUGUUCCAGUUACUGUUCAACCAGUUGAAUCUUCAACUCCAAUUGUUGCUGUUUCAUCAGCUGCAACUAUUGAAGUUUCUUCAGUUGGUGGUACUACUGUUGCUGCUGAAUCUUUCACUCCUGCUGUUUCUGUUGCUGGUGCUGUUGGAAACCCACAAGCUUUUGCAUCCACUGUUUUAGGUGCUGUUGCUCUUAUUCUUGCUGGUAUUUUCUAA